UCAGCUGUGAGCACCUAGGCUUCUAGUUACCAGUCUACCUAGGGACCUAUACUAGAUAAGUAAGAUACAGGUAGCCUCCGGAGGCCAAUAGAUAGGUACCUAGAGACAACGACACUACUCAAUCAUUGUGUAGCAAUCAAUCUUCAUAUACCGAAUUAGAGUAUCAAGACUCAAAACAUAUGACACCGUUCUCGAACCAUACCUUGAUAUUCCAUCUUCUGAUACUUAACGACCGCACGCGUUUCGUGGUGAAAUGUAUGAACCGGAACGCAAUGUUGACUUUUGGGGGGAUAUAAGGCCGGCCACCCCCUAUUAAAUUCCUAUCAAACCAAAUCAAGCCAACAAAGCAAUACCAUCACUCUAAGCUCUUAUCAAAACGUCCAUUAACUACUUCAAUCAAAGGAAGCGUAUCCGUUCUUACCUAGUACCGAUUAAUCAUGUCCGACGGCGAGGCCGGGGUUCAAGCCCUUAAUAUCACUGAGGGGGUAAUCCUCGCAGCGUCGCUCAUCCUGGGCAUACCCACCCUGAUGGGUAUCACGUUCCUCAUCUGGAGGUACAUUCACCGCCGCUACCGCCGUGGUCGUCGACAGGAGGCCCGCGAUGCCGAGGACCACCAGCAGCCGCCGCCGCCUCCCGCAUACCGCCAUGGAAUGGAGUUAACCCGGAUGGAGCGGAGCGAAGAACGGGCGUACUCGUCUGCCUCGCCGUCGCCGGAACUACCCCCGGUUAUCUUUUCCUCCAGGGCGAGCACCUUUGUGGCCCCCCAGCCUAUCCGGCCGCUCCCGGCAGCUCACAUCUUGGAGGAGAGAGCGAUCGUCUUCCGCCUCAACCCGCAGCAAACGAUCGUGGAGGGGGCACUUGGGCGAGGAGAAGUGCCGUCGAGCCAGUGGAUGCAAGACUCGAACGAUGAGCUCCACUUUGGCUAUGCUGUGGACAGGGUCUAAGGAUCUGGGGAGGGGUUCAAAGUAAGUUGAGUAUUGUUGGUGAGCGGGAGGUGAUCAUUAAAUGAUGGUAAAUCUCUAAAAAAAAAACCAAAAAAAAAAAAAAAUCUGUUUCUGCAUUGUUUAUUGUUUAAUAGCAGAUCAACUAGUUAGAACGUAAAGUUAGCAACAAUAAAAUCUGUUUAUCUGUUUCCAAGUAUAAAGAAUUUGUCUACGCACA